AAUUAUUUUAUGGUACGAUUUGAUCUUGUAUUUUUAACGUUGUUGGUAGAAGUUUAAUUAGGUUGUAACUAUAUUUUUCGUACAAACUCCUUUAAAACCUGCAAACAGAACUUCUAUCCUUCUUUAUUGUUUUGUCACACUUUCGAUUUGUGGCUCAAAGUACCAAUAUUACUGCAGAACACAGCAGAAGGGCUCUUGCUCUUAGAUCUAAAUAUAGCUCAAUAAUAUUUUCGAACAUUUUCAUUUAGCAGUUCUUGAUGGAGAGUUUACAAUUAAAUUAAUACCUCUUGUGUUUAUAUGGUUAUGAUUUUUUUUUUCGCCCAUGAUUUCAGUAUAUGAAUGUAGUUUCGCGUACAUUUCACCACUCUAGUUAAAUUUGUGGCCGUUGAUUAAGGUUAAUAAGGAGUUUAAGGUGGUUAAUAAAGGGGCUUAUUAGUUCUUGGUGGGAGGCAAGAUUAGACCCCAAGCAUGCAGAUUGCAGGCUGCAGCACCGUAAGCUAAAAAGGCUAAAAGAGGCCAACAUUUUAGUACCAGGCCGGCUUGCCAGUCCUACACGGCGUCGUACGUAGCAGCGUGGGUUCUUUUUGUUCAUCAAGAAAAAAGCUUGGUGUGGACAUGACCGGCCCGCAACAUGAAGUCACCAUAAAUUGAAUUCUUUGGAUGUAUUUUUUGGUCAUGGGGUUCAUUCAUCUUCUCUAUUCUUCUUCAUCACUUCACUUCUUGAUUCUCACUUGGACAAUGGCAAGUGCGUAGGGGUUGGAACGGUGAGUUUUGGAGCUUUCUAGGUGGUUGGGGAGAUGGCCCUUUAUGAAGUCACUAUCUUGAAAGGAAACAUAUACGAAAAAGAAACUAGGGCUUAUGGGUUGGUUUAUGGUACAAAACUCAAGAGUUGCAGAACUUACGAAAUUCGUGUUUUAUCAUUUUAAUCAUAUCAAAAGUGGUAAGAGAAUAGAUUUGCAGAGCUGAUAGUUCCGAGCUUUGUAUCUCAUCAUUUUCCGUGUUUUUAUUAGGGGUGGUCGUUCGGUUACCGGAUAUCGAUUAACCGGCCGGUUAAACCGAUAACCGCCCGGUUAUCCACUAAUCGGUGUCCGAACUAACCGAACUUCGGUCGGUUAUCGGAGGCUGGACGAAAUGGUUUUUGGUCUUAAAAGUGGUUCGGUUAACCGGUAACCGAAACACCGAAGCUUAUUUCGGGCGGUUUUCGGUAGGGGAGUGAUUAUUUCGAUUAACCGAUAACUGGCCAAUCGAUUACUGGUUAUAACCGAAAUAACUGAACUGCCACCCCUAGUUUUUAUAUAUAAUUAUUAUCAUUGGUUUAAGAGGGGAAGAAAAGUAUUAAAAAUCAAAUCAAUACGGAUUUGUUUAAUUGUCGAACUCAUUAGGAGUACUUACGAGUAGUCGAUGUCCAAUUAAAGGACCAUCGCCCCAAUAAAAACCACGCAGGAAACCCAAUAAGACAAGACAAAGGUUGGUGAGGUGGUCAUUAAUAUUAAGUGGUCCAUAUAUAUAUAUAUAUAUAUAUAUAUAUAUAUUUCAUAUUCAUUUCAACUUUCUCCUUUUGAUCAUGGUAUGAGAUUUGGCUACAGAUUUGCAGAAAGCAAUACCCAUAAUAUUGCAGGGUUUGAUGUAGCUCUCGAUCUCAUAUAUGCAGCUGGUAAAGAAGAAGAAGAAAAAAAAAUGCAUUUAAGAAAUUAAUUCGUCGGAAUUUAUUAGGGAUGACAAAAAUAUCUGUAACCGUGGAUAUCCACCCGAACCCGGCUUAAUUGGGUAGGGUAAAACCCGAACCCGAAGGACAUUUAGUGGGUACGGGUAAAACCCGAACCCGAAUGUUGCGGGUAAUGGGUGGGCAUGGGUUUCUCAGUAUCCAACCCGAACCCGCUCGAUUAUACACAUACAUAUGUAUUUUGUCUAGAAAUAGUCAUUAUUUUUCUCUAACAUAUUUUAUAUUUAGCAUAUAUAUUUUAUAUUUAGCAUAUAAAUAUAAUAUUUUCAUGAAAUUGUGUUGUUUUAAUUAAUUUGUUUCAUUCUAGUGAAUUAUUGUCAUACUUUUCCUCUUGCGUAAUGUGAGAAUACGUGUGAAUGUUAAUAUAUUAGUUGGAGUUAUGAAGAGAAAUCAUUACCAUGGAUAACCGUGGAUACCCGAAACCCGAACGGAUAUGAACAUGGUUUUAAUUUUCUACCCGUUUCAUAUGUGGGUAUGGGUAUGGGUAAAACCCGAACUACCAUUGCCAUCCCUAGAAUUUAUAUUUGGGAGAGGCGACAAAAUGUGUUUAAGAUUAAAAAAAUAAUAAUAAAAUGUACACGUCGUUUGCCAACUUGAUGCCAUUCACCAAAAUGGUGCCACACGGUAUUCCAGCAGCGUAGCGAGCGCGUCCGUACAAAGCUGUUCCAUGUUUUGGCAUUUUACCAAUCAUGACCAUUCGCCUUCCUUCCUACUUACAAAGGCACCGAAUCCAAUUAAUGUAAAUUGCGCCAAAGAUAAAUCCAAUGUUUAUGUCUAAAAUAUCGUGAUUCAGUCGUUUCGUAUCUUAAAAUUUUUAUGUUGGUUUGGGUUUGGCAAAACUAUCAUUACGCUAUGAUUUCACAAAAAUUAUUUAUUUAACUCAAUUAAACAGCUCAUUCCAAAGGUACGCUCAAUGUUUAAUUUUGGUUUUUCAUAAUUAUGGGCUUUAACUUCUUAUUAUUAACCAUCAAAGGUCCGGUUGACCGAAACAGUGUAAUUAACAUGUACGUAUCCAUGGCCCAUGGGCCCGUGCACACAAAAAGAAAAUUUAACUGCCGACUGGGAUCCCGGAAUUUAAAAACCAAAAAAAAAAAAUUUAAAAUUAAAAUCAUACAACUCUGUCUCUCUCCUUCCUUCCUUCCCACACAGUCAAAGACAGAGUGUUGUUUGAGUGAACUGAAUCCUACUACUAGUCCACUUACUAAUGUGAAUUCAAAAUCAAAUUCCUUUCUCCCCCAAAAAUUUCCAAAUCCGCUUUUCCUCUCACUCAAACACUACCGCCCACCACAUGCUCGAUCAAAUGCCUCGCUCAAUUCCCUAUUUCUAACACACCCUCACUCUCCGCCUUCAAACUCCCUUUCCCUUCCACAAUGCCAAAUCUCCACUCUGCUCUCCUAAUCCUCCUCCUCGCCGCUGCCGCCUGCGGAGGCCUUUCAGUUCUUGCCGACGACGACAACGAAACGUUCAAAGAAGCACCCAAAUUCUACAACUCCCCUGCCUGCCCACCCAUCCCGCCCGACGACUUCUGCUCCAACGAAUCCAUCAACAUAGCCAUGACCCUCGACCUCCACUACCUCCGCGGCUCGAUGGCGGCGAUCCUCUCCACCCUCCAGCACUCCUCCUGCCCGGAGAACAUCCGCUUCCACUUCAUCUCCUCCCUUCCCUCCCUCCACAACACCAUCCUCCAAUCCUUCCCUUACCUCCGCUGCCACCUCCACAUCUUCGCUCCUUCCCCUGUCCAGGGCCUAAUCUCGACCUCAAUCCGACAGGCGCUCGACUCCCCGCUCAACUACGCCCGCAACUACCUCCCGACCUUGCUCCCAACCUGUUUGACGAAAGUCCUCUACCUCGAUUCCGACGUGAUCCUCGUCGACGACGUCGCCGACCUCGCGGCGACCCCUCUUCUCGGAAAACCCCUCGCCGCGCCGGAGUACUGCAACGCCAAUUUCACCAUCUACUUCACCCCGUCCUUCUGGUCGAACCCGUCCCUGUCGCUGACGUUCGCGGGGAGGAAGGCGUGCUACUUCAACACGGGCGUGAUGGUGAUCGAUCUGGUGCGGUGGAGGGUCGGGGGUUACACGACGAGGAUCGUGGAGUGGAUGGAGCUCCAGAAGAGGAUGAGGAUCUACGAGCUGGGUUCUCUGCCGCCGUUCUUGCUGGUCUUCGCCGGGGAAAUUGCGUCGGUGGAUCACCGGUGGAACCAGCACGGGCUUGGUGGGGACAAUUACAGGGGGCUUUGCCGGGAUUUGCAUCCGGGGCCGGUGAGCUUGUUGCAUUGGAGCGGGAAAGGGAAGCCUUGGGCGAGGAUCGAUUCGGGCCGGCCCUGCCCGCUCGAUGCGCUCUGGGCGCCGUAUGAUUUGCUGGUGAGGGAGAACGGCGGGAUCGAAUCUUAGAAGAAGGGUAGUUUGAUUAGUCUAGUCGGCGGCCGGCGACCUAGGAUUGAACCAGAAGGGUUUAAUCUGGGUUUGAUUAGGAGGUAAUUAGAGGAGUAAUUACUAAUUACUACUGCUACUACACGGGUCAUCGAAUCUUCAGAGGUGGUAUAAAUAUAUAAUUUUUACACCUUUAGUGAUUAGUAGUAAGGAUUUAUCUGGGUAUAGAUAUACGUAUAAUCGUGUGUUAAUUACAUCAUCUGCUUCUUCUUCUUUUUGGGUUUUCUUUAUAGAUUGGUGAGGUGAGCUGUUCAGUGAAGGCGUAGGGAGGGAUUAGGGAAUUAUGGCCAUUGUUAUAACUUCUAAGGAGUUGUAGCAAUCUGAGGUGUUUUGGGGAAGAAGAAGAAGAAGAAGACUCUCUCUGUACCUGAGAACAGACUCAGUUUUGCUUGUGAGAAGUCAAUAAGAAUACUAGGGAGAAUGGAUCAAUUAGUUUUGCUCAAUUAGAUCCAAUUGGAAUUGAUGCUUGUGUCUUGAUUACCUGUCUCUUUCGUUCGUUGUGAAAUGGAUUAUAGGUUGGCUGGUUGCUCAACUCUAUCCAUUUUUUUCCUUUUGCUUUCUAUGGCCAGCAAAGCGAUAAUGAUCUUUGUAGUGAAUAUGUUCGGGCUGUUAUUAUGUUUUCCCCUUUUUUCACAAGAUAAUUCGUAUUCGAGAUUGAUAAUAAUGUCUCUUGGUUUCGAGGAAAACAAUUCAAUGGGUGAUGUUGGUACAUUACGGUGACAACGGUGAAUGAAUACGUGCACUCUUAAUUAAUAAGAGUGGUAUUCAUUCUUUCGAUUUGAACAAUUCAAAACCUCAGUACUAAAUGAACUAUGAUAAAAUCCGCGUGUUAUAGUCGUUUUUUUUAAUGAAGAGGUUUUAUUUUUAAACUAAAACAGGUGAAGGAAGUUAUUUUGAGUUAAAAGCCUUUCAUUUCUGUUGUAUUAAGAAAAGAGGCAACUGGAUUAGGAAUCUUGCAAACUUGAUAAGCUAAACACUAACCGACUACAACAUGUGCUAAUUAAACGACUUUUUUUUCAAAAUGCCAGUAAUAUAAGGAUACUCUUAAUAUAUUGAUUAUUGAUUAAUAUAGCAAAUAAUUAUGAAUUAGAUGGCCCCAUUAGUGUUUCUAAUACUACGUGUUAUGAUUGAUGAAAGCUUUUCUUAAUCUAGUCAAAUAUAUACGUUUCGCUUCAUGUUUAGUUAUAAUUAGUCGUAGUAAAAAAAAUAAUUUGAUAAUAAUAACAUUUAUAAAAAUAGUUAUGUCUAUAUUUAUAAUUUUAAAUUCAAAAAAUUGUAAAUUUAUUAGUUUAUCGUUUCAGUUCAUUUCUUGUGAUUUAUCAAUUCAAUCGAUCCUCUUCUCUUUUGUUGUAUAUUUAACGCAAAGAUAAACUAUGGGGUCCAAAUUCUGUUGAUUAAAUUAUUAAAAUAUUAUUCGAGCUAAAAGAUUCCAUAACAACAGAUGCCAUUGACAGCAAAGGAAAGGAAUGGCAAGAAAUGGGGCGGGAAACAAAUUAUUCCAAUAAAGGAUCCCAAAAUCAACGCGUCUUCUCGAUCCUUUGUUUAUUCUUCGCAGUCACUCAAGCACAACUUUAUAAUUCAUAAUCAUUAGACAAAAAGUGAAUUAGUUAAUAAUCAUCAUUAUUAUGAAAGAAAAGCGCAAGGCCAACCCAAGAACCAAAUAUAAAAGGAUAAAAUAUGUACUUCUAUUUACGUUUAAAUUUCGUUGUUACAUUUUAACGGAUUCGAUAAAUUUUGAUUGUAAUGCAUCUUCUUUGCACUUAUGUAACGUUGUUGUUUUUCCACAUACUCUUUCUUCUGACUAGAGUCUUCGCCUUAUUCAUAUUUAUCGCACUGGUGAUUUACUUAGUAGUAUAUUUUUCUAGCAUAGUAUUGAGAAUAUGAUGUCUUCUUCCGCAUUUCAUCAUUUCCCAAUAAGCAAGCAGCCGAAUGAUAAACCGGUGAAGUUAUAAUUCGAAGGUUGCAGAAUCAAAUCCUAACCAUGUUUACCUUGAACUUCUAUCAUUUGUGAUCCAGUCACCUUAAAAAAAUUACAGGUUUAUGGCUCUAUUUUGCUCCGAAUUUUAAGUAAAUCACAAAGGGAAAAAUGAGGCACGGUUUAGUAAAAUAUUCGGUUCGUGUUUUUUUUUUUUGCUUUUGCAGGUGAAAAUAUAUGUUUAGUUAUGUCUUCAUCUGUUAUUGUGGCAACAUGAGUGUGAAACAUAAUAUAUAUGAGCUGAAAAUUAGGUAAAACCACUUUAAGUAGCUUUUUUACUGUUUUUCAAAAGUUUUUCUUGUGAGAUCCGAUUUUUAUCCGUUGUUGGAAUAAUUUCAUUAAAAAAACUCUAUGACCAAAUCUCACCGGAACCAAUUUCUACAUUCCUCCUCUCCACUUUCCUAUAACUCAUCUCUGAAACCUUAUUGUCGAUUCAAUACUAUUUUCAAUCUUUUUUUUUUUCCUUUCAAUUUCUCAUAACCUUAAGCUUCACGUAUCUAAGUUAUGAAUUCCAUUCAUUGGCCCACAUGUCCCCAUGAGGCAACCAAUUAAUUAACACCAGCUGCAUCUUGAGGAGGAUCGAAUGGAGAUCUCAACCUUCAACGACAAGCAACCUAGAUGGCUGGUAGUAUGGCAGUUUUCUGACUCCUGUCGAGAAAAUUCCGGCGCCAAUAUGGUACUGCUCUCCUCGUAGUCGGAGUAAAACCCUUCUGGUUUCUUCACACAGAUAUAUGUAAUAAGUUUCGGUAAAGAUAAAUACAUAUAUGUUUGUUUAUGCAAAAGAUCAAACUGUCACCAUAGAGGGUCGUUUGUUUCAUGAAUUUGAAGCAUGAAUUUGCAUCUCAAUCCAUGAUAUCAUUAUGGGUUUGAUUAGGGAUGACAAAAAUAUCCGUAACCGUGGAUAUCCGCCCGAAUCUGGCCUAAUCGGGUAGGGUAGAACCCGAACCCGAAGGACAUUUAGUGGGUAUGGGGAAAAUCCGAACCCGAAUAUUGCGGGUAAUGGGUGGGCAUGGGUUUCUCACUAUCUAACCCGAACCCGCCCGAUUAUACACAUGCAUAUGUAUUAUGUCUAGAAAUAAUCAUUUUUUUCUCUAACAUAUUUUAUAUUUAGCAUAUAAAUAUAAUAUUUUCAU